AUUGCCUGAUUGAAGAAAUGGUUAAAGAUAAAAUCAGAGCGAGUUGAGAUUGAAAUAAAGACAUAAAACUAAUAGUAGAUUGUCCCCUCGUAAAGUUUUUCACCAAUUACACUAAUCAUAUCGCAUCAAUUUAUUCAUAUCAGAAUAUCUUUCAGCCAGCAUACCAGUAGUAGGGCCUAUCAACAUAAUGACCGUUGUUAUUACAUCCUAUUUGUCUGUUAAUUCUCUAUACUCUUUAUUUAAUACCAUAUACAUGUAGUAUGCAGCGUAACGUAGUACGUAGUUGUAACUGGGGACGUGUUUGAGGAACUUACUGUUUGAGAUUUAUAUUACAAAGAGCAUUGUCAGUCGUGUCAGUUGUCAAGAUUCGUUUAGUUAUUUCUCUUCCGCAGUAAUGUCUCAAUCUAUAUUGUUCCUCUGAAAAUUUAUCUCAGUAAUAAAAUUACCUUUUUCUUGAAAUUACUUGCAAGGAUUUUGAAAUGACUUCAGUGAAUAACAACUUCUUCGCCUUCGAUUUCAAACAGUAGUGAUAGUUAAAUUUUGUAACAUAAUAUUUUUUAAGUCAUUGAUUUGUAUUGAAAAUGGCAAAAGAUGACGUUCAAGUACGUGAAGACAACAAAAAGACCCCAAACCGCGGCACGUGGGCGAGUAAAACUGAAUUUCUACUCUCGUGUGCUGGAUACGCGAUUGGUUUAGGAAAUGUUUGGAGGUUUCCAUAUCUCUGUUAUCGCAACGGUGGAGGUGCCUUUCUUGUGCCCUACUUACUGAUGCUCUUCACAUGCGGGAUACCCCUGUUCUUCAUGGAGUCGUCCUUAGGACAAUUCGCGGGAACUGGUUGCAUUACUGUUUUUCGUAUCAGCCCGAUUUUCAAAGGAGCAGGGUUUGCUGUUGUUAUUGUUAAUGUUAUAUGCACAAUGUACUACAAUGUUGUUAUAGCCUACCCAAUAAUGUUUUUGAUAAUGUCUUUAAGGAGUAAACUGCCUUGGGAAGAUUGUGAUAAUCCUUGGAACACGCCCAAUUGCAUAAAAAUCAACGAUGCUCAGUUUAGGAAUACAUCAAAAAUUACUGGGAUACUAAAAAAAGUCAAAACUCCAGCUGAAGAGUUUUUUAAUUUACAAAUACUUCAAAUAUCAUCAGGAGUCCACGAAAUGGGUGGAAUAGUUUGGCCACUAUUUACUGCUAACGCCGUGUCCUGGAUAAUAGUAUUCCUCUGUAUCUGUAAUGGUGUAAAAAGCGUCGGAAAGGUUGUCUAUUUUACAGCAACAUUUCCUUUUAUAAUUUUAUUUAUUCUGCUAGUAAGAGGUGUCACACUACCCGGAGCGAUGGAUGGAAUACUGUUUUACAUCAUGCCUAAAUGGUCGGAGCUGACAAACUUAAGAGUAUGGGCAGAUGCUGCAAUACAAAUAUUUUUUUCUCUUGGCCCAGGAUGGGGGGGAAUCGUCAAUAUGGCUAGUUACAACAAGUUCAAGAACGACAAUCGUUACGAUUCCGUUUGGAUCCCGAUUUUGAACUGUGGUACGAGUAUUUUUGCCGGUUUUGUCGUCUUUUCCGUGCUAGGAUUCAUGUCUUACAGUACAGGUCUUCCGAUCCAAGAAGUCGCUACAGGUGGUCCUUCUUUAGCGUUCGAAACUUACCCAGAAGCUUUAACAAUGCUUCCGAUUCCGCAGUUUUGGUCGAUAUUGUUUUUCUCGAUGCUGUAUUUUCUCGGGAUGGACAGUUGUUUUGUACAAAUUGAAGCCAUCAUAUCGAGUAUCACAGAUGCUUAUCCAAAAUGCCAAAAACACAAACUCUUAGUUACCAUGACAUCAUUAUUUAUUUUGUUCCUCGGAUCGAUCAUGUUUGUUACAAAUGGUGGAAUGUAUCUGCUGCAAGUGUUUGACUGGUAUGCAGCUUCAAUUUCCGUAAUAUCUAUUUGUCUCGCUGAAGUAAUAAUCGUCGGAUGGAUCUACGGCUGCGACAACUUCGUCCGAGAUCUCGAAUUUAUGCUCGGUAAAAAAAUACAUCCUUGGUGGCCUUUCGCGUGGAAAUAUGUCACGCCAAUAAUUUUAUCUUUCAUUUUCGCAACGACGAUAAUAUUCAACACCCGAAUCACGUACCGUGGCGUCCCGUAUCCAGAAUGGGCAGUUUAUAUCGGGUGGUGCUCUUGUAUGGCCAGCAUGCUCUGCAUCCCCGGAUAUGCAAUUUAUCAUUUCAUCACCGCCAAGGGAACCUUCAAAGAAAGAUUCGAGGCCGGCAUAAGUCCGACUCCCGAGUGGGGACCUCGAGAAAAGCUCGACUUCGACGAAUGGAAAAAAUUCAUCUCCAGGAGCCAAGAUAAUCCCUCUCAGCUAGCGGACAUCAAUGUUAAUGUCUACAAAGUCACGAAUCUCUAAUUCAAUUAUUCACCAGCCAAAAUUUAAUAAUUUUUCGAUCUAUUAAUUAAUUUAAGCUGCUUCU